GUUGCUAAAAAUAGUUAUUAUAAAAGAAAACGGAAAAAGUUUUAGAAAUUUAUGGACAAAAAUGGAACCACAGGCAGAGCAACUGCAUCCUAAUUGGCGAGCUUUAGCUACAUUGAAUAUACCAAUGAAAAGAUUCAUUCCUGAAGGUUGCAUAAUAAAGGAUAAUCAGCUUGUGAUUGAUGAAAAACGCGAGUUAGACAAAUUCAAUGGUGAAGAAAUCGAACAAUUUUAUAAGCAAGUAAUUGAGAAAAAUAUAAAAAUUUCGAAGAAUUACAAGCAGGAAAACGCGCCCAUUAAAACGGAAUACCAUAAUACACCUCAAGAAAACUUUGAUAAGCAAAGAUUCCAUUGUUAUGCUACUGAAAAUAAGGCAGAGAAGUUAUUACAAAUUAGUUAUAAGGACAACGAUAUAAACACUUUAGAUAAUUAUGGCUGGUCGGGUCUGAUGAUGUCAGCAUGUGCUGGCGCUACAGAAGCUGUAAAAGUACUAUUGCGUCUAGGUGCUAACCGUGCAAUUAAAGAUAAAUCUCAGCGUACUGCUAAAGAUUUAGCAUUGAAAAAGGGUUUUUAUCAUAUUGCGGAAUUAUUGGAAAAUCCGACUAGUCCAGAUUGCCAAGCAGACCAGGAUAAAGUCCCUAUUUCUUAUAAGCAGAAACCAUUGAAACCAUUCUAUUGUUCUGAAUGCAAGCAAACUUUUAUGGAGACGGCUCCAAGACAACAUUAUACUUCUACUGUUCAUCAAUUUAAUGUUCGAUCGUCCCUUCCUUUAAAUAAAUUACAGAAAUUUAAUAUACCUUCGCGCAAUAAAGGCUUGCAAUUGAUGGUUAAACAAGGUUGGGAUAAAGAAAGCGGGUUAGGACCGUCUCAGAAUGGACGCUUAUAUCCUGUGAAGACUGUUAUACGUAAACGACGCUCUGGUCUUGGUGUUGAACAGCAAGUGGCGCGAGUGACACAUUUUCAAGCCUUCGACAGAGAGGCCGUGCGCAGACACAAUUCCGAUUACUACAGUAAGAAACCUCAUGGCAAAGAUAAACCUCGCAAUCGUAACGAUAUUCGUAAAGAAAGACAGAGAGAGCGGAAACAUGAAAAACGAUUACGCCAUGAGUUAAGCUAAAGUUUAAA